CAAAAAGCGCAAGGCACAGCGAAGUUCUGAAAGUGUUUGUGCGUGUUGUGAAAUGUGAAAUCUGCGGACUGCCACUUUUAAAACACAUUUAGCUGCCUCGCGCAUUCUGCAGUCGACAGAAGAAGACAAAAGCAGAAACAGCACCAUUGCGUUUGCACGGAAAUUUCAUUCAUUGAAUUUUUAUUAAUUUGGCACUGGUCGAAGUCUAGUUAUUUCAUUUACUUGCCAGAAUAACCAACUGGUGCCGCAUUUGUUUUUGUUUCGCAUCAUUUCAAAACAAACUCGCGCUCAGUGCUUAAAAUGUGAAAUAAUUGGGUUUUUCGUUCGGAAAUUGUGUGACGCGGCCAUAUUUAAAAAGAAUUAAUAUCGAAUGCAGUGCAAAGACGAAGGGAGGCCACAUAAAUUACAUAAAUACUGCUUGGAAGGAAACUGCAAUUAAAGUGUACAGUGAAGCUAGCGUCAUGAUGGACCGCAAGAAGGUGCUUGAAUUGGACAAAAUCUGUCGCUUAUGCAUUUCGGAGCGCAAGGAAAUGCGUCCACUUUUUAGCGAAAAAGUGCCCGAAAUGCUUAUGGAUUGCACCAGCGUGCGCGUCGAGCCUACCGAGGGCUGGCCCGAUAAAAUAUGUGUGCAAUGUGUCCAUGCGGUCAGUCGAAAUCAUGCAUUUAAGUCGCUCGUUGAGCGCAGCGACAAGGAACUACGUGAAUAUAUUAAAAGCCUGACGGUGCGAAUGGUGAUGGAUGAGUCGCUGACGCCGCAAGAGCGAAAACAGCAGAAGCUGUUACAAAAGCAGCUCAAGCAGCAGCAGCAGCUUGAGGAGCAGCAACAGAAACUUGAACAACAAAUUAUGCAGCAGCAGCAGCAGCUGCAACAGCAACAACAACAGCAGCAGCAGCAGCAACAACAACAACAGUCGUCUAUAUUCCUGGUGCAGCAACCACAGCAGCAGCAGCAGCAUCAUCAACAACAACAACAACAGAAGCCCAAAAACAAACUGAAGCCGUUGCUGCGCAAAGGAACUUCACGGCAGUCUAAAAAACAGCAAGAUGUGGUACAGUUGUUGCCGGAGCCUGCGCCACCGCCGCCGCCUCCACAGUUAGUUACUCAGCAGCAACAACAGCAGAUACAACAGAUUCAGUUGCCCACGCUGCAGCCGGCGCCUGCGCAACUUAUGCCAACAACGACAGCGCAGCAAAUCCUCUUGCCGAACGGCCAGUUCAUAACAACGCAAAUUGUGACGCCGCAGCUGGCGCAGAUUAUAGGCGCGCAAACGACGACAACGAAUGCCACGGCCUCAGCACAAGCACAAUUUCUGCCGCAGUUGCUGCAGGCGCCAAAUGGCCAAACGCUGCAAAUUGUCCAGCAGCCGAACGGCACACAGACCCUCCAACUGGUGCAGUUGGUGCCGCAGCGUAGCAUGGCGCCGGCGAUCACAACGACGACCACAACGGACAUGUGCACGACAAGUAGUGGGGCUUCGCUAGCAGAUGCAGAUGUGCAGCUUUUGGACGAUGCCGAAAUGGAUGAUGAGGAGCUAGAAGAGGUCUAUGAGCAGUUGGAUGGCAAGGAUCACACGUUCGAGACGAUUGUGCUGGACGAUGACCAGCAGCAGGAUUUUCUAAAGGAGCAACAACAUCAAGUCCUACUUGACGAGGAGCUCACGCACAGCGACACACAAGAGCAGGAGGCCGACGAAUACUUUGACGAGCAGCUGCUGCAUCACGAGGAUGGCGUCAAGCACGAGGAUGACGACGAUGACAAUUUCAUCAUUGAGGAAAUACAAUUAGAUGAAGAUAUGCUUGACGAUGGGGAAGGAGAUGUAGAUGGGGAUGCCAUGACGCAUGUCGAUGACUGCGAGUACAUAACCGAUGAUCAGGAUCACGGCCUUGGCGGCGAUGUGGAUGAUGAGCUGCACUAUGCCAUUAUGGAGCCGACCGAUGGCGAUGUCAGUGCCAGCGAUAUUGACCAGGCCUUUAUCGAUGCCGAGGCACAGCAGCAGCAAGAGUUGCAGGAGCAACAGCAGCAACAACAACAGCAAUCCGUAGACAUACAUAGCAUAUCGCUAGAAAAUGCUGUGGUCGAGUUUGGCCAUGAUACGUUGGUGGCGCCCACGUUACAUGUCAGCAAUACGCCCAGUCCCACGCCCAGUUCAGCGAAGCGCGCACGUCGUGCCAAUGCGCAAACGCAUAGUAAUCAACUGGUGGAGACACCCUGCAACCAUCAGCACAGUCCACCAACUAUAAGCAGCAAACUAGCCGCAUCCAAUUCGCGACAGUUGGUGCAGACCGCCUCGGUGAUUGCAGCAGCGGGCGCCGAUGAUAAUUACGAGAUAGAUGCGAAUCUGGUCACGGAAUUUAUCAGGCAACACACAUCGCCGCUGGGCUCUGGGCGUUACAUUUGCCAUCUGUGCAGUACUGAGUUUCGGCAGUUCAAGGGCUUGCAGAAUCACAUGCAUUCGCACACCAACUGGAUACGGGCCAAUUGCAAGAAGCAGCCGCAGUGCGAAAUCUGUCUGAAGAGCUUCAAGGGGCCGGGCAUGCUGCGCAUGCACAUGAAAACGCACGAUGCUGAAACGAGUACCCCAUUGUGCAACAUAUGCAAUCGCACAUUCAAAUCGAAAGCGAUACUCUAUAGGCACAGGCAGACGCAUCAGCAGCGCGCCUAUUGCUGUGGUGUGUCCAAUUGCCGCAAGAACUUCUCCAAUGCGGCCAAUCUGCGCUGGCACGUGGAGCGCAAGCACCCGGAAUGCGUUGACCCGUUGUACAAGUGCGGCGAAUGCUCCACUCUCUACGAUAACAUCGACAAUCUGCAGCAGCAUGUCGAGAACACGGACCAUGCCAGCAGCAAUGGCAGCGAAACACAAACAAUUGUCACCAGCUCAAAUGCCGCAUUCAGCGGUGCCGUCAGCAUUGUCAGCAAUGGCACUGACAUGUCCAGCAUGAUAGCGGCUGCCCCCAAUGCGCUUAGCGGCACAGCUGGGCCGGGUGAUACGCAUGCCGUGGUCGUUGGCUCCUCGGGCGAGAUGUACUUUGUGACGCAGGCGUAGCCAGCGCAGUUUGCCGACAUAACCGGCAAUUCCGAGUGCCUGCUCGGCAUGUAAAUCCUAAACAGGCAUAUAGAUUUACUGAACUAAACAAACAUCUUGAUAUAUAAAUAUAUAUAUAUAUUUUUAUACUACACCAUAGCAUAUGUAUACGUAUAUAUAAAUUAUACUUAGCAUACAACCAAACACACACACACACAUACACCUACAGAUACACACACACCCAUUGCAAUCCUAGUUGUCUGUCAUCGUAGCUUUGUUCGUAGUACUCGAAUUUCGUACACGGCGUUCAAUUGUAUAAUAAUAAAUAAAAAUGGCCGGUUUUAUGCAUAAGUUCUUAGGUUUAGGCAACAGUAAACAAACCGAACAGACAGCCGCGAUGCUUUAAAUAAUUAUAUUACAUAAAUGAAUGGCUAUGGCAAACCCGUACAUCUGUCUGCAUGUAUGUGUGUCUCUGAUGUAUUCAUUCGGACUAAUAUAAACCAGUGGCGUUUCGAAUAUCAAACUGGAAUUUAUUUAGAUUACAA